AUGGUCGACACUGUCAUCGCGGUGAUGGACCACCCGGUGAUGCCCUUCUCGCAGCCUGGCCUGCGGUCGCCGAAUGCCAUGCUGAUCGAUUUGCUCAUGUACGAGGAUGCGAAGAUACUCCCGUUGGCUUUGGAGUUGAUCUGUGGAAACAGCUAUUCGGCAGGCGACUUCCUGGAGGAGCUCGAGAAGGUCACGCUUCUGACGGAGCAGCAGGAUGCCUUAAUGCAGCAGCUCAAAUCAGAUGUGGCGCAGAUGAGCAAGAUACUCUACAGUUUCGAGAACUGGAGCAUCGAGGAUGAGUUUUCCAUCUCAGACCGCAAACCUCUCAACGAGCUAGAGGAAAUCGGUAAGCGCUUGCAGAAGGCGUGUUCCGGAAACGCCCCAGCUUCAGGCCGGAUGGUCCAAGACAUGCUGAUUCACACCGACUUCGUCUCGAUCGCUGGAUACUGGCUGAUGCUUGACUGGCAGGAUACGAACCCCGAGAGUCGCCUCCUCCAUCGGCGACUGACUGCCAUCGUCUGCAGCAUUGCUACGGCGUUCUGUCGCAACAACCCCAAGAAUCAAGGUGUCUUUAUGGACUUCCUCCCGGGUUUGUCGAAGGUCUUGGACGAGGACGACUUUCCUGAGAGUGCAGCGCUGGUCGCAGAGAUUUUCCGUGGCAAUCUGACGAACUGCGAACAGGUGCCGGAGGAGUUGAUCGAAGCAUUCGGCAAUCAGAUGGUGCGAACCAAGCGCGCAGGGCGCUACGUGCCUUGGUACACGUUCUUCUUAAGCAGCAUCGUCGCUGUGGGCUCCCAAGGUGUAUCGAGGAACCAGAUCCUUGUGAUCGAGUGCCUCCAGAAGCACAACGGCAAGAACCUGAUGAAUGCGGGCUUGAUGCUGGAUCGCGUUCGGCAGCUCAUUCAGAACUUCACCUCAACGGAGAUGUUGAAGCGCCCAUCCCCAGACGGAUGGAGACCACAGGAUGGCGAGUUGGUCUACUACGCCAGCUGCCUCGACCUCUUGGUGGGCAUUGCCGAGGGGCGUAGCAAUAACUUGAUCAACAAGCCCUUUGUGUCCGACAUCUUCUCCUCGAUCCACGCCUUGGCACUCCUCAACAAGGAUGUUCUAGAAUCAGCCUGCAGUCUGAUCAUGGUAGGUGCCAUCAAAUUUCAAGGCCCUCGAUCAGGACAACGGGGAGUCGUGAUCAACUCGGGCUCAGGCUACAAAGUCUUAGUAGCAGUCGUGCCCCAGAAGUCCCAGGAGAAGCUGACCAGUAGGCCAGGUUUUGACGCUCACGCCAUGGCUGGCAUCCAGUUCCCUGCCAAUGAGAAGGGCGAUAGGUCCACCACCUCUUUUAACAAGAGCGUGUAUGCAGCAAUGGCAGCUGCCUUGGCCAGCGCUGAGGGCAAGGAUCUUGAGCAGAAAAUCAAGUCUGAGAAGGAUUGGCGCCAUCAGUACCACGUUCACUUGGACGCCCUGAUCGAGCGGACGCUAAGAAUACAGGAUGGGACUGCGCUGCAAGACGUCCUGAAAACUGGCCUUGAGAAGGCACGCGCGAUGCAGUUCGAGUGCGCUGAUGGGAAAUAUGUCGCUUUAAGUGCAGCCAUGGCUGCACCAAGCGUGAAGUUUCAGACGGUCACAGUGCAGGGAGAUGGUGCUCCCACAGAGAGAUUUUUCCUGCCGUAUGGCGGAAGGCAUCUGAGUGGAGAAGAGCUUGACUCGCAGUGCGACAAGUGGGCCGAGUAUGGGACAAUGGAGCCGGACUGUGCCGCAGCCAUAAAGGUCGGCGCGAGACAGCUGGGCAGCCUCGCCGGCAGGACUUUUGUAGUGCUCGGCGCAGGAUCCGAACUCGGGCCCGUGCGACCGCUGUUACAGGCUGGUGCAACUGUAGCUGCCGUGGCGACUCGCCGGCCCAAGCGAUGGGCGGACUUGAUCGCCUUCGCCAGAAAGUCUGCCGGGAAGUUGCUGGUGCCAGUCUUGGGCAACGAGCCAGCCAACGAUGAGGACCUCGCAGCUGUCGCUGGAGCAGACCUGCUUGCCGAAGCGCCAGCAGUGAUCGAUUGGAUGCGACGUGUGGCCAAGGAGGCGCCUGGCAAGGUGACACUUGGAACAUACCUCUAUGCAGAUGGUGAAGCGAAUGUGCGACUCACCGUUGCAGCCGACUACGCAGUGGACGCUUUGAAACCACUUGGAACUGACAAAGUCAGUUUCGCCUACCUUGCGAGCUGCGGGACAUCGACCGCGAUUCCUAUGGAGGCGGUUCAAGCGCAAGAGCAGAUCUUCCAGACAUCUAGCCAAUGGGCGAAGAUGUUCGGCAAGAGACAAAACAUCAGCGACCUGGGCGGCUCACGUGCAUUCCUUAGCGCCUUCGAAGUGCUGCAGGGCCCGAACUAUGCGCUGGCGCAGAUGAUGCGUCAAUGGCGCGCUGCUUUGCUCCACGCCGAGGGCUUUGUAGUGUCAAGUCCAAUGGCACCCAUGUGUCGCACAGAGAGCGUGGUGCACAACACUACUAUGGCGGUGUUGCUGGAGGGCUUGGCCUACUGGGCUCCACUAGAGAGCUACGAUGCAGAAACCGGCCGCAUGGCCAUGUUCGCCUUGCUCAUUUCAGAUUUGCAGGAAGAGCCGCCAACACUGGCUUCGCCUCUCCAUAUCGUGACGCGGAAGUCGUUUCACUCCGGAAUUUGGCGGGCCCCUUUUGCGAUGGCGAGUCUUGGCAAAUCCACUUGGUUUCUGGGCAAAGUGGCUCCGAAGAGAAUGUCGCCACAGCCGGGGCCAGACGCGGCGCUUGCAAAGGCCUGCCAGGAGGCCAACGACGAGGAGUAUGAAAGAAUCUCGCGGAUGGGGCCUUAUGAGCUCGAGGAGGUCGGGCUCGAGGCCUACCACAACAACCACUUCGAGGAGGCCGAGCGCCUCCUCAGCGCAGCCCUGCGCAUUGCGGCACCCCGACAAGCGCCGCUGCUCCGUGCGCGUGCCGCUGUACGCUUGGCUCUCGGAGAGCCAUAUGCUGGUCAUAAGCCAUGGACCAAUCACUGGCGCUGCAUCUACAAGCUUAUGGCCAUCAGAAGGGAUAGAUCUGUCAGCGCAGAAACCGGCGACCCGACGGGUCGCAUCACGCGGUCACUGCGCUACAACCAGAUCAUUCGUGUGGAUGGCGAGCCAGUCGAUGGCUGGGUCAAGCUGCUGGACAGCUUGGGAUACGCCCUGGUCGCGUCCCCGCAUGUUGGCCAGUUGUUGGAGCUCGUUGCACAGGGCCCCGAUGCUCUGAGACUGGCUUUGGAGGACUGCGAAGCAGCAAUCGAGCUGCAGCCGAACGUCGCCGAAGCAUACUUGCUGGCAUCAAGGUGCUUCGUCCUACAAGGCGACCUGAAACAAGCUGAAGCGGUCCUGAAGCGUGGGGAGGCGGAGGUGAAGCCACGUGAGCAGUCCAAAGUCCAGGUGCAGCUGCGCAACCUGCAGAAGAUCAUGCCAAAACUUGCCCAGGUAGCGGACCUUCUGACUCCGGACUUCAGCCAUGAGGAGGCCGGCAAGCGAGCUCUGGGCCACCUCAAGGAAGCUGCUCGUUUGGGUGCCUCUGCUUGGAGGCUGCGGCCCUUGCAGCUCCACGCGCUCCUUCAGGGUCGUCAAUACGUCCGCGCCUUCGAGGCGAAGAAGCUGGCGGAGGAAAUGCUCAAGACCGUGGCUGGAAGUCCACGCCCUGAGGACCUGCUGCUGCAUGGUGCUGCGGGGCUCCUCUGCCGUCAAGCGGAGGGAAAGGAAGUGCUGGAGUCAUUGGUCCAGGAGGCCAGAGAGGCAGGCAGCAUUGCUGGUCAAGGCCCUGCGAUGGAGUGGUUCGAGGUCGUGUUCAAGAAUGUAUUGGUGAAAAAGCGCUGCGACGAAAAGGCCCCCAGUUGGUGCUUGCUGGGCAAGGGCCACAAAGUCAUGGUCCUGCCAAAGCGCGAGACGGAUGCCAAGGGGCAAGAGUGGGUGGAGUUGGCACCCUUUGAGCUCCGAAGGCUUUGCGCAGACUGUCGAGAGAAGAAGCUCGAGGAAGCGCGCGGCUUUCUCCUGAUCGACGGCAGCUCGCUGGGCCUGGGAGCCCUGCUGCAGCCUGUGGACUUCGAUGCCGGCCCUGCGCUGCGUGCCGCCGCCUUGCUGCGAGCGGUCGACGCUGCCUCGGAAUUGAAGUCCCAGGGCGACCGGCUCCUGAAGCGAGGAGAGGCGAAGGAGGCGCGCGAGCGCUACGCGGCCGCACGCCUGGGCGGCUCCUGGGACGUGGAUCUUCGCGCCCAGCUGCACCUCAAGACGGCCGAGGCAUUGAGGAUGGAGGGCGAGCUAGAAGAAGCCUUGACAGAAGUCUCCGAAGCGUGCUCCUUCAUGGACAGAGAGAAGUCUGCCCCAGCACUGUUGUUGCGCGGAAUUCUUCGUUUCGACUCGGGGAAGUGGCAUGAGAGUCUGGAGGAUUUCGAAAAGGCACAAGAUCUGGCAACGAGAGCACAGCAAAUUUCGCAGGAUUUGUCUGCAUGGCUUCGCCGCGCCCGCGAGGCUGUGCAUCGAAAGGACUCGCGGAACUUUUAUGCCAUAUUGGGACUGCGCUGCGACUGCGAUUCCUCAGAUGUGAAGAAGCGAUUCCACAAGCUCGCGCUGCAAUGUCAUCCCGACAAGGUUCAUUCGACCUCCGAAGCGAGCCUGGCUUGGUUGUCUUGCACUUCCUGGCAAAGCUUAGAAAUUGUACUGAAGAAGUCAGCUGAGGCUCGUUUCAAAGCCAUCCAAGAGGCAUACGAGGUCCUCAGCGAGAAAGAGGAGUACUUGGCUGCGAUUCUGAACUGCAUCGACUCCUUCUUUAACGGGCCUUUCCAGGCCUGCAUCAACAAGGACGAAACUGCAGGCGAGCAGCUGCAACUUCUCGGACGGAAGUACCUCAAACGCUUCCAAGUUCUGGAACGGAGUGCGACUUUCCGAGCCCGCCUGCCUUCCGGCAGCGUCGAGCUUCUAUCUGUCGCAGCAUACCGCGUCAUGACAGCAGUGGAGGGUAAGGCCGACGCCGCCACUCUUCAGGAGGUGAACAAAGAGAACCGCGCUGACACCAAGGCACUGGAGGUGAGCUCUCCUGACCAGGAGCUCUGGCAUCGGCUGAUCCAGGCACUGCGGCAAGAUCCGCGCUGCCAGGAGCGCUUGCAGCAGCAAAGCCAUCUUCUCGGGCAGGCAUUCCUGACCAUCUACGAGGAGACGGAUCCUGAAUAUCCUCCGUAUCUGAAGAAUCUCACAUCUGAGACUGAGAUGGACUUCCGCAGACAUGCCAUCACUGUGCAGGACUGCAUCCACCGGCUGGUGCAGCAUUGCGAGGCCAACUUGACGGACCUUCCCAGCCUUCGACGCACCAUGAGGGUCUUCCUUGCAAUGAUCGGCAUGGCACAGCAAGAGGAUGCAAAGAAGGAGGACACACAGCAGUUGACAUACAUCCAGGUGGAAUUGUCAAAGGCUGGCGUGGGAAAGCUUCUAGUGAAGGUGCUCAACAACCACGCUGUGCAAGAUGUUCAGCGGCUCGCGUGGCACGUUCUUGGAGAGCUCUUGCAAAGCCGCGGACCCGAUGGCGAGGCGAAGGUCAACAAGGUGGUCCAAUUCGGCCUGCACGACGCCAUGUCUUCUAGCGACGAUGACACGGGCAUGUGGGAGUCCUUCCACGAGAUUCUGUCAACAGCCGGACGGGCAGCGAAGUUUGUUCACGGCUUCCGGACACUGCCAGUCCUGACAUCCCAAGAGAAGGCACGUUUGCGCGAGUACGACGACUUGCUGGAGCAGGCAGUUGAUGCCAUACAGGCUGUGAGAAUGCUGGUCGAGGGCCAGUUCAAGUCAAUGCAGGACUACCUGUAUUCGCAAGAGGGCAACGUGCGCUCGUUCAAUGUCCCCGGCCUUUGUUGCUGGCUGCUGACCAGGAUGUGCAAAGAUGCCCAGGGCACCAACUAUUCUUCGUUGAGUGAGCUGAAGUGCGUGAAGUUUGUGGUGGUGCUCCUGACAGAGUUGGCACAGGGGCCGAAUCCGCGCAACCAGGAGUUCUUGAGCAACAUGGGCCUCAUCGAGUUGGUGUUCAAGUUGCUGAUGGUGAAUUUUCAGCAGUUGCAGAAGUCUGAAGGAGACGUUUACCCAUCGGCCGUACGCCAGCUGAAGGCAGAACUGCUGCGCAUGCUGCUUUCCCUCAUGGAGGGGCGACUGGAUGCACGGAUUCAUCAAACCAUUCUGCAGCGUGGGGACCCUCUGGUCAUCAGACAGCGCAUCGAGUUUGUUUACCUCUACUUCACACUCGGUGCCGUCGCCAUAAAUCCGCGACAGGUGACCCGGCAGAACUUGGCUGCCAUCCCAUUGGACGGCAAUCUGCAUGCCUUGAUUUUGCCACAGGCAGAUCCUUCAGAGCUUUUCACUGCCGUCAGCCGCAACACUGCCUUGGCAACAGAAUUCCUGGAGGACCUGGACGACGAACAGCUUGGCGUCCUGUUUGCCGAGGGUUUCUGCCUCAUCGAGCUCGUUUACGAGCUCUCGGCCCACAGCAAUAAGUUCAAGAAAGAGGUCAUGCCGUUGCCCGAGGAGCAGGAUCCCUUCGUGGAUUCUGAGGCCGAGUAUCGAACUCGCCGAGAUUAUUUGCGCGAGCGUGCAGCUUGGCAGAAGCGGCAAAUCUAUCGACAGGCCUUCGACUUUCUGGGGCGCUACGUGAAGACCUUGGAGGUGGUGCUGAAUGGACACCUUCAGUCCCUGAACUUCCGAGUUCCAGUCACGGCGGUGUGGUACGUGCAAGGCGCCUCGAAACAGCGCAUCCUGGACGAGGUUCCGUUCAGCUUGCCAGAUGUCAAGAUGAAAAGCUUCAUUCAAAUGUGCGUGGAGCUGAACAAUGAGUCUCGCCUAAUCUUGGCCUUGUCAAGGUUCUCGCUUUGUCCACAGAGGUACCGCAGAUGGGCACAGCUCUACCUUCCAGACGGUGUGCAUAGACCUUUUUGGGUCUUCCUGGCUAAUGAUGCGAAGCACAUGCAAAACCUGAUGAGAUCAUCUUUGUACCUGAGUUUGUGCUUGGCUCUACAUGCUGGUCUUUUCCUGGUCGCUCCAAAGGAUGCUGCUGGUGACCUGAUGUGGGCGUAG